AGAAGUGUCUGUACUCCGCUGCCAGCGGAGUCAGACACUCAAAAUACCUAUGCUAGUUCCCCUAACGCGGCUUCAGUCACAAAUGCUGACAAAGUAAUAAACACUAAAAUAGAUAGUACCCAGGUUGAAGGUGAGUUUUGUCCACACCUUGGAGAUUCAGCUGUAUUGUGUCCUAACCGCCGAGCCAAUGUUAGCUUUUUGGCUAACUGGCUAGCCAGCUCAAUAAUCAGAGGGCUAACGUUAAGUUACGCUAGCUCCUUAGCUAACUGCGCUAAUGUCAACUGUUUUAACGUCAGUUUAAACGUUAAAAGUCAGGCACAAUAUAUACGUUACAUGACUCGUUCAUUUUUUCGGCAGUUAAAAGGCCCCCUGAAUCCAUAGACCACCCAAAUAGUGAGAGAUACAAAGUAAAAGAGGUUGCUCGUUUUGCGAGGUCCGUGAGUGGUCGGUCAAUUACUUAAUGUCUCGCUUUCUUAAGUUGGAGCCCGCUCACUAAUACUCGAUCUAACAACCUCCUGGUUUGCAUCAACCUGAGUCACAUACAAGCGGUUAAGCCUAGCUGGUUGUCCAUCAAGCUUCUUUUGGUUGCGGGCAACCAAAUAACCUUCCACCUUUAAUGGGUGACGAUCUAUUAUAUCCCGCCCCCGCAAUAAAUGAUAACUUGGUAAAGAUGAAGACGAAAGACUGGAAUUCAAGAGCUUGUGGCAAAAUGUGCUAUAUAAAAUGUUUGUUUAUUGUGUAAACAACAUUCGGAACGUAUUAAGAUGGCUGGAUGGAUCUCAGGCUUAGUCUAAAAAUGGCCAUUAGUCCCCCCUCUCUCAAGAUAAGGGUGUGAAAGAAAAAUAAAUAGUUUCUAAACGUUGUACACAUUUUGAGAUACUGUAUCUGAACCCCUGUUCUCUUGAUAACUGCUACUGUGAGAUUAUCAUUUGGAGACAAGCUGCUGGAGGGUCUCCUCACUGACGACUACUGCCAUGUGUGCGAGGCUGUGCUGCUCUUUGAGUCCCAGCGGCUGUCGCACUAUGAGGGAAAGAAACAUGCUCAGAAGGUCAAGGUGUACCUGCAGGCCAAGAGAGCUGAGGAGAUGGACGUUGAGUCAACAGGACUCCAGCGGACCAUGACUACUGAUAAGGACCAUUUCUGUGACCUGUGUAAAAUGGUGUUUAGCUCCCACGUGGUCGCAAAAUCACACUAUGAAGGCAAAGUCCAUGCAAAAAAUCUCCGUAAACAAGGUCCUCAGCCGCCAGUUGCAGACAUGAACCCAGAGGUGCAUACUAUGCCAAGUCUGAUUCGGGAUCCUGGUGAUGCUCAACGGAAAUCUGCCUCACAGAGUGAUAUGGAGCAUCUUCUGGACCCAGCAGCUGCCCCCAGUGCAGGCAUUGAUCUACACGACCGCAACAAGUUCUGUGUCAUGUGUGCUGCUUCCUUCAACAAUCCCCAAAUGGCUCUGCAGCACUACAACGGACGCAAACACCACAGGAAUCAGGCCAGACAGGACCUGCUCAAAGAGCUUGGAGACGAUGACCAAAAAGCCAACUCCCUGAUGUGUCAGAUGUGUAGCGUGCAAUUAAACUCCGUGGAGAUGUACCAGGCCCACAUGCAAGGGAACAAACACCAGAUUAGGGAGAAAAAGAUUGUGGAUCUUUGCAAAUCUCAACAAAAAGACUACAACACAUUUGCAGACGAGCUGGCAGAUUACGUUCAGGUUCAGAAGGCUCGUGGAAUCACCCCCAAGGCCGGUCAGGUCCUCGCUGUGGGGGACCUACGAACAGAGGGGAAGGAAGGUGGUAAAGAGGACGAGGCCUUUUACCAGGGGGACGGAACGGAACUCAACAAGCGCGUGGCCAAGCUCCCUCCCACCUCGAACCCUCCUCAUCCCUCCCACCCUGGCGGUUAUUACCCAGUUGCAGGGUGGCGGCCUCCGUAUCAGGGCCCACCGCGGCCUUCCCAUCACUGGGACUACAGCUUCCCUCCUCCAGUCCCUGCAGGGACGAGCUCGUCACCGUUCACCAAUCCACCCGCAAACAGGAGGAGGCGCAGAAGGGAGCUGAGCUCCUCCUCGUGCACCACUUCGUCAUCUUACUCCUCCUACAGCAGCAGCACAAGUGACAGUGAUGUCAGCGAAUACAGGCACAGAGAGAAGAGGAGAACUAGAACAUCCGGGAGGGAAGGAGACAGAAAGGCAAGGGAUGAGGACUCGGACAGGGAGAAGAAGAGGAGGAAGCGACGGAGGAUGGAAAGAGAUGACGACUCAGAGGAGAGGAGAAGGGAGGAAUCGGCAGAGUCCGAGAAAGAAGGCAGGAGAAAAACGAGGAAAAAUCACAGCAAGCAGAGAAAACGAGAAAAUGAAUGUCGACAGGGGGACUUUGAGGUGGAAGGAGGGAGAAGGGUGACGGACAAUUUAAUGCGAGGGAACAUGAUGCUCAGUAGAAAGGAGACCGAUGAAAUGAAUGUUGAACAGGCGGAGUGUGGACAGGACCAGCCGGCCAAAGCAAAAUACAGGAAAGAGAGGAAGAAAAUCAAAAAGACAGCGGACACGAGGUCGGAGGAGGAGAAGCUGUGGGAUGACUCCAUUCUGGGAUGUUGAACUAAAACACAGUGUGUUGAACUUCUGGCACGUACGCAAAAACAUGAAGGUGUUGUGAGCAUGACAUGUAAAAUUCUGUAGCGUUCCCCUCUGGCCAAUCCGGGGGGAGUUGCGGUGCAUGCUAGGCAGGGAGGGGGUGGCCUGUGAUUGGGGGAGAUCUGGGGAGGCGGGUGUUUUUUGGGGAGUUGUCGUUGUCUGGAGGAACUUACGAGUGUACCGAAAUCGUAGGAGGGUCUACUGACUGUUGGUGUUUACAAAUAAAAGGAUUCCUGCCCCAACGUCCCUUCGCCUUCGUGUGCUGAGUGAGCCACUACAAAACCACAAGCUGUCUAUUUUUAGAAUGUUCUUUAUAGCCGUAUAGCCGGAAGCAGUUUUUAUUAUCGGCUCUGACAGCCCAGACGACCUGUCUGUAGGUGUGCUAGCCGGCUAGCCAUGUUGAGUCAAUUUGUACUUUUUAAGAAUGAAUGAAUGGUUUCUCAUACAUAGCCAUAGUUAUAAUAACUAUGUUCCACUAAGACACUUGAUCAUAUAUUUUAUUUAACUAAUGUUCACAAUACGGAAAGUAUUUCAGACCCCUGAAAGAUGAAUGCGGCCAAGUAGAUAUCCUGGAAGAAAACCUCAUCCAGAGACCUGAAAAUGGCCGUCCACCAACGUUCACCGUCCAACCUGACGGAACUGGGGAGGAUCCCCAAAUCCAGGUGUGAAAAACUUGUUGCAUCAUUCCCAAGAAGACUCAUGGCUGUAAAAUGGUGCUGCUACUCGAUACUGAGAGUCUGAAUACUUAUGACCAUGUGAUAUUUCAGGUUUUAUUUUUUAAUGAAUUUGCUAAAUUUUCUACAUUUCUGUUUUUUUUCUGUCAAGAUGAAGUGCUGAGUGAACAUUGAAGAGAAACUUAUUUUGAUUUUAUCAAAUGGCUGCGAUGAAACAAAGAGUGAAAAAUGUAAAGGGGUCUGAAUACUUUCCACACCUACUGUAUGUAUUCCUCGUUUGCUGUGAUGUGUAAGAACUUUUUUUUUUUGCCUAUCAUCUGAAAUGAUCAACAAGUACACUAUAAUUAAUAAUACACCAGCAUGCUUCUGUAUCUGUGCUUCUGGUGGUUUAGCAGCCUGAGGUGGGCACUGUCGAGCUUAUUCAGAGCAUCAGUACCGCGAAUAAAA